GCACUCCUCUGUAACCUCUCCACUCUUUUCAAUCUCUAUUCCCUCUGUUCACCGUCGCUUCAUCACUUGCCUCUUACCGUCUUUUAUGAUCUGGGCAGGUUUUACGUGGUAUCGGGUGUUGGAAAUAUGGCAUAUAAAGUCGAUCAUGAAUACGACUAUCUUUUCAAGAUAGUAUUGAUUGGGGAUUCUGGUGUCGGAAAAUCCAAUAUCCUUUCUAGGUUCACGCGAAAUGAGUUCUGUUUGGAAUCCAAAUCUACCAUUGGGGUAGAAUUUGCUACGAGGACAUUGCAGGUGGAGGGGAAGACUGUAAAGGCACAAAUAUGGGACACUGCAGGUCAAGAGAGAUACCGAGCAAUCACAAGUGCCUACUAUAGAGGAGCUGUUGGAGCCUUGUUGGUCUAUGACAUAACGAAAAGGCAAACAUUUGAAAAUGUGCAGAGGUGGCUUCGCGAACUAAGGGACCAUGCAGAUUCUAACAUUGUUAUUAUGAUGGCUGGAAAUAAAUCUGACCUGAAUCACUUAAGAGCAGUUGCUACUGAAGAUGCUCAAAGUUUGGCUGAGAAGGAGAAUCUGUCUUUUCUAGAGACUUCAGCAUUAGAGGCCCAUAAUGUUGAGAAGGCAUUCCAAACCAUAUUAUUGGAUAUAUAUCAAAUUAUGAGUAAAAAGGCGCUGGCAGCACAAGAAGCAGCUUCCUCCACUGGCCUUCCUCAAGGGACAACCAUAAAUGUCUCAAAUUUGUCAGGUAACGUGGAAAAGAAAUCUUGUUGCUCAAAUUAAACAGGAUAGCUCUGUGUAAAAAAGGAGAGGAGUGAACUUGCUCGUAGAAAAAUAUAGUUAUAUGAAUUAGUAACAUGAGGAAUACUUGCUACCGGCCGCCAGAUUUUCGUUUAUAUUAUUCUCCUGGAAGAUGGGAGGGGACUAGUCUCUUAACACUCGCAAGUGAAUAUGCUGAACAUGGCAGUUUUAACAAAUUCGUCUUCGCUUUGGAAUGAAGUAAUUAUGAAAAGCAGCAAUGCAUUCGGAGUUAGGUUAUUUGGUACAGUUGGGGUUUAGUUGGAAGCAAUGUAACUAUAGUUUCUCAACAAUGUCACUCAUUUGGCUCUUCUGAUCUGCGUAUUUUUGUCUUCUUUCAUUCACAAUAAGAUAUUUCGUUUCUUUUAUUUAAUCUGAUGUUACUUGUGAUUA